GGCCCCGACGGCGGCGGCCGCGAGCGCGAGCGCGUGGCGCGGCUGGAGGAGGAGAACGGCAGCCUGCGCGAGCUGGUGGAGGACUUGCGGGCCGCGCUGCAGAGCAGUGACGCGCGCUGCCUCGCGCUGCAGGUCGGCCUCUGGAAGAGCCAGGCGGGCUCCCCGGAGGCAGCGGCGCGGGAGCUGCGGCAGGCGCAGGGCGCGCUGGGCGCUGCCAGGCUGAGGUGCGGCGGCGCGCGGAGGAGGCCAGGCGGGCGGUGCUGCGCAGCCUGCGCCGCGUGCGUGAGCUGGAGGCCCUGGCACAGCAGGUGCCGGGCCUGCAACGUUGGGGGACGAGGCUGGAGGCAGAGCUGCGGCGCUACAGGGCAGUGGGAGGCCAGUGUCCAGUCCCCCCACGAGCCAGCCCGGAGUCAGGAGACAAGAGUGACGAACCUGAGGACAGUGGAACCAAAGACCCAGACGCCACUCCAGAGGGAACCUGGCAGUCAGACAGCAGCUGGGGGAGCAGAGCCCAGGACGAAGAGGACGAGCAGCUGUUCCGUUCCGUGGAGGGCCAGGCCGCCUCUGACGAAGAGGGAGAAGAGGUGGAGAAGCAGCGGGAGGCGGAGAGGCCGGUGGCCCAGGCCGAGGCACGACCCUUGGGCUGCGGGAGCAGGUGUGACAGCCCGACGGCCAAGAAGCUGCUGAGGUACUUCAGCCACUGCGGUGAUGCCGAGCACACCUGCUCCCCCGGAGAGCUGGAGGCCCAGGUCGCCAAGCUGCUGGAACAGCUGGACAUCCAGGGCUACGGCGGGAAGAGCCUGGGGCCGCACGUGGAGGAGGCAGAGCUGCAGCAGAAGGUGACCGAGAAUGAGCACCUGCGGCUGGAGCUGCAGAUGGUGGAGACGGAGCGGGUGCGGCUGUCGCUGCUGGAGGAGAAGCUGGUGGACGUCCUGCAGCUCCUGCACAGGCUCCGCGACCUGAACAUAUCGAAGAGAGCCCUGGGGAAGAUUUUGCUGAGCACACUGGACGCCUGCGAGGACCCCGCACAGGAGGGUAGCUCGGGCCCCCUGGCUCUCCUGGAUGCCCUGCACCAAGCCUUGGCCGGCUGUGAGCUCCUGCAGACGCCGGCCUCGGAACCCGCCUCCACGGCCGCUGCGCCUGCCGGCCCGCCCCUCAUCUCCUGCUGAGGUGCUGACCCAGCCUGACUGCCGCCAGGGGGCAGCCUCCUAUCCUUCUGACCGCAGUCGGAUUGCCCUCCCCGGCCAGCCUGACCGCCACCGUCCGAACACCGGCCUGGGCUCUGGCGGCCGUCCUCCUUGAGCUCCUAUGGCCCCUGCCUGCGCCACCAGACUACCUUAGAGCCAAGCCCCCGCUGGGUCAGCCCGCGCCUGAUGCUGCCUCCGUGGCCUGGGAGCAGAGUGAGCCCUUUCCUGCCUCGUGCACCCCUCCACUCGGUGCACUGCUGCAAGGGAUGCAGGGCCCAACCUUCAGGACGCAGCUGGCCCAGUAGAAAGUCCCCUGCCCCAGGAAAUGCCGGAGAGUAGGAGGGGCGGGUGGGAGCCGUCCCUCUCGGCCCCCUGUGGGAGCUGGUGCUGACCUCACUGUAGAAGACAGGUAGGACAUGCACGGCAAAGAAAGGCGGGAAGGACAUGGUGGGAGUAGCAAGAGCAAAGGCGUGGUGUGAGCAGGGACCCCCGCUAAUACAGUACCCGGAGCCCCCGCUUCCUGGACACACACUCGGUACUGGUGGGACUGUGGUGGGCUUGCAGGGAGAUGAAGACAAGGUCCCUGGUCUCACCCAGCUUAAAACAUGUAAGAGAGAAAGGCACAUUAGCUACAGGUACAGUGUGGGUAAAACCAGUGCCAAAUCAAGGUAAAAUAAAGAAGUAUGAAAACUCAA